GUCCUUCCAUGAUGCCAGCACUCUCCAUAAUGUACACGUCCUUAAUAAGGCCAACACCUUUCCCAUGGAGUCUGGUUGCAAGCGUGCUGAGGAUCGCGUCGACAGAGCCUCCACAUCCGCCAUCUCCAGGCGGAUACGAUACCCGCCUGAAGAUCGCCGUAACUAAAGAGCCUUGACCCUUCGAUGUCAACGUCAUGGAUUCGAAUACUUCAAUGAACCAGCCUUUGACCACGGUACCAGGCUACUUGCCAUUUCCUACUCUAUUCCUCGCCUGAUUGCUACCUGUAUACUAGUAGGCAGUAUAGACUCAAUAAGCCAGACAUCAACACCCACGACUGCACCGAUGUCCUCGUCGCCAACAUCGACCAUGUCAAUCGAAUUGAAAACCCGCACCGACUUGUCCCUCUUGUACAGAGUUCUACGCACGCUCAUACGCCCUUUGCGUCCACGGCUCGUCAAACCAGGCAAAGAAGCACCACCGGGCUCACAGCGUCUCUCGCCGCCACAGAGGCGAAGCUGUGAAGUAGUCGAGUCAAAGCGCGAAGGCGUGUGGGAGUACACGUUUCGUCAUGCCUCGCAAUCCCGAUCUCGACCUCAAACUCGAAAGCAGCACAGACAAGUCGACACUCAGACUCAAACAAGCCACGAUGGCGAGCUGAACGAUCAAGAGAAGAUCCACGGGACGAGGAUUCACAGAGUGUAUUGCUUCUGCGGCGGCGGCUUCCAGUCCCCACCGAGCAGCGAGCAUUGGCUGUUCUUGACGAAACUCACCAAAGAUCUGUCCCUGGGACAGACAAACAGAGACGUCGAGGUUACCGUGGUAUCUCAGCCUCUCGCGCCUGCGAGUCCGGCGGCAGACACGUUGCCCAUCUUACGGAGGUGGUUGAUGUCCGCGCUCGACGAUGCGAGCGGGAAAGGCGAGACUGUGACGCUCGCGGGCGAUAGUUCUGGUGGGAAUAUUGCGCUGAGUUUGGGGCUUUGGGUUGUGCAAAACUACUCGCCUCCUCCAAUCUCGACGUCGUUACCGCUGGUCUCAGUUAUGGUAAUAUCACCAGCUGUCGACCUGCGCAACGUCAAUCCAGGUAUUGCCGAAGCCGAUAAGCACGAUCCCGUCCUGACGGUGGGGCUGACCAGCCAAGUCGCACAAGCGUGGACGGGGAAUGUCGUGUCGGAACAUACGAAGACCGCACCGCCGAGGUUGGUAGAUAUGGAGGAUCCAGAUGUGUCACCCCUGUUGAAUGCAGAUGAAGUAUUCGAGAAAGUCAGGGAUAUGGGCGUGAGAGUGCACGGUGUUGUGGGUACGCAUGAUGUACUUGCACCGGAUGCAUUGGAGUUGAUGAGGAAGUGUGAGCGACUGGGUGUCAAGGGGAAAUGGUUGGUUUGGGAGGGCCAAAUGCAUUGUUUCCCACUGGCUGGGGUGGGAGAUAUCAUAGGACUGAGGGAGGGAAAGGAGGGAAGACGGUGGGUGGAAGGGGUGCUGAGGGAGGAUGCGGGUAGGACGUAG